AUGUACCUUAGCUAGCCCAUGUUAGAGGGGAAAGACCGAACCAAAAUAAUUCCGACACGCAUCAGCCCAAUAAACUGGAACUUGCCGCCGCCUCCGCCUCUUUUUUUCCCCCUUCCCACUGCCACCUGGGCUGCACCACCACACUUUGACGUCCCCAAGCACCUCUUUUUUUUCCUGCUCAUCCACAACCAUCUUGUCCCUUGCGGCUCAGUCGUUAAACUAACACUCUACUUCACAUAUUCCCAGCUGUUUUUUCCCUUCAAGCGCAUCGAAGGCAAUUGUCCUUUAUUAAUCCUUUUCUUUCACCGACAAAUAACCAACUUAAUUUAAUUCCUUGGUCGCCCUACUUUUUAUGUAUUUGUAAUAGGAAAAAAAAAUAAAAAAGUCCAACCAAGAGAAAAAAAGAAAAGAAAAAAAAUAGGAUCAAGCAUUUGGGACGCGGCGAAGCGCGAUCAUCAAUCAACAACACCUUCAUCUAUUGAAGGGGCAGCCACGUCCUCCAGCCACACAUACAGCCUGGUUAGCCAUUGAGCUCAACGAUGCGUCGUUGAUGCGCCUAGGCUGCAUUCGCGUUUCCUCCAAGUCAAUUUCGAAAUCUUGGUUGCAAAAUCUUCAAUCGCGUUACCUACUGAUCAUUAACAAGGCUCAUGGCUUCUGAGCAAGGUCCCGUCGCGACGGAAGCCCCACCCUUCUCGUCGUCAGCUUCCCAACCCUCCAUUUCUGAUCCUGACUCAGUUGAGACCUUGACUGCAGAAGCUGCUCGUGCGACACAAUCGCUGAAACGCCAGAGGGAAUCUUCACCGGUCUCGCCGUCUUCGGCCCUUUCCGCACUACACCGAGAACUAUCACCAUCCAAAUCUGCCAGACUCAUUGGCCUGUCAUCGAGAUACUCUCCUGCGCCUUUGACCGGAGCUGCAGCUGUCGAAGACGAACGGCAAAAGGAAGACGAGCAGUAUAAGCUCCAAGUUGCUGGCGAUAGUGAGAACCCUGCCUACAAAGCACAAUCCGCCUUGCUGUCCGCAAGUGCCCUUGCUAUGAGUCGAGCUGCGGACGAGCCCCAGGACGCGCCCUCCGAUAUCACGCAGGACAUACCCCAAGAUCUUUCCCAAGAUGCUUCUCAGUCGGACGAUGUACAACCUGCACCCCCCCCACCUGUCUCUAUACCACUCCCAGAUGCCCAUGAUACAGAACCCAAGCCAGACAAUAUCAGCCCUCAUAGCGCAACGAGUUUGGGGAGCUUAGGUGGUGGACCUAGCGCGCCGGUGACAACUAGCCCUGGUCCUAUGGAGCUUGAUAGUCGCAAUGACCGAUCUGGGGCCGGAACACAGCCACCAGCUCCGAUGGAGGAAAAAGGGGUCACUUCGCUAUCGUACCCCGGGAUGCUCCCAGCUUCCAACAUGCCUGCCCCCCCAGCACGGGGGAUGAGCUUACCUAUGACCCCAAAUCAACAAGGGACUCCGCGCUCGCCGAACUCAAAAAAACACAGAUGCCCUUACUGUGAAACAGAAUUUACGCGACAUCAUAAUCUAAAGAGCCACCUUCUGACUCACAGCCAAGAGAAACCGUACGUCUGCCAAACAUGUACCAUGCGUUUCCGUCGCCUCCAUGACCUGAAACGUCAUACGAAGUUGCACACUGGAGAAAAGCCUCAUGUAUGUCCGAAGUGUGAUCGGAAAUUUGCUCGUGGCGACGCAUUAGCACGUCAUAGCAAAGGACCCGGCGGCUGCGUAGGCCGACGAAGCAGCUUAGGAAGCUUCCUUGGUGAUGGAGAGGAUAUGGAAGGACAAAGUCACAUAGAUGGCGAUGACUCGGCAAUGACAGGUAUUGUAUAUGAAGGUGCUCACGAGAGCGACUUGACAGAGGAAGAGCGGCGACGCCUCAGCCUGCCUAGCAUCAAGGCUCAGCACGUUCAAGGGUCAAAUACAGGCCGACUCUACCCACCCAACGUUGAUCGAGGUUCUGGGAGCUCGAAUGCCUCGCAGACCCCUAGUGCUGGCAUCUCAUCCCUUCCCCUAGGCGCAGGCAACCCAGCCAUGUAUGCGCAAAAUGCUAUGACCGAGAGUCCCAAGCCUCUCAGCCCGUCCGGCGUCCAGAGUCAUGACUCUUCCAGUCUUAAUAGACAACACUCCCCAAGUCUUACUGCUCAACUUCAGCAGCAGCAAUUCAGCCGCCACCAGUCUGAUCGUCAUACCCCUCCAGUGCCUGGAUUUGUUGCAGCCGAUGCCGCCCGAUAUGCCGCCUCUGCUGCACAGAACUCGGAUCCUGUAACCCGGGUCGCACCGGGACAGCAGGCGGGUCCGGCUUCUGGCGUCGAUCAUUCUCAGGCCCCUGAUGUCCCUAGCCAAAAUGGCGGAAGCGGCGACAGUUCAAGCAAUAACAUUUUCGCAACUGACCAAGGAAUAUGGGUCUACAUUCACAGCCUUGAAGAACAAGUCAAACAACUGGGCGAACGGGUGCAGACGAUGGAGGCGAUGGGGAGGUCUCAGGAAGAGAAAAUAACGUAUCUUACCAACGAAGUAACAGUUCUACGAGGCCAGGUCGAGACCAAGACGGAGUCGAUGGACAAGACCAGCUAAGCAAAGCGAUGUUCCUAAUUAUAGGAGACAAUGACAUUAUGGGUCGGGAGACAUGACUUGCGAAGGGCUUGCUUGCUUGCUUGCUUGCUACGUACGUAUGCAUGGUGCAUAUGAUGGAAUUGGGGGGGGAGGCGGAUGCGCAUCUGAUUCUUUGCGGUCGUUACCUACUCCACCAAGGUGGAAAGUAGGAUCACAUUUACAGGAGAGGCGUUCGGGGAGUUCUUUUUCCAGUCGCCUUCCAAAAGUGGGGAGCAUUUCUUGUGAUCUGUUGAUUUACGAGUUCACCGAGGUCCUUCGUUCUUGAUUCUAGUGAUAUCCCUAUGGGUUCUCCGGACUUCCGAGUUGGAGUGGAAAUCGUCGUAGUUACAUAUCAUUUCUACCAUCUUUCCAUACCAUUCACUCUUAGGUCCGUGUAUUAUAUAUAGGCACAGAUAGAUUGCCACGAGGCAGGGCAAAAGAAAGAAGAAGAAAAAGAUCGAAACGAGGGCAUAACCAUCAUUUUAGUAUUAAUUAAUGAAUCCAAGAGAUGUUUCAAUUCUGUUA